GGUAGUUGCAAGUGGCAACCGCGCCCCGCAGCUAGCAUCCAGGUCGAGCCCUAGCUUAGCCGCCCCUCAGAUCAUCUCAAUUCCUCCCGCCGGCUGAUCGGAGCCCCCUCCCGUCGCAGUCCAGAACUUCUCCGUCGUCGAUUGCAGGAGGCGAAGGAUGAGGAAGCUCGCGUUCCACGAGCGGAAGCGGCUCAAGAGGGUCAACUUGCUGGACUACGACAAGGGCAAGGGGCGCCGCGAGGGCCGCGUGACGCAGCGCUACCACAUCGUCGAGAGGGACGACUACACCAAGUACAAUGGGAUAUGCCUGAUGGUGCAGAAGCAAGUGAGCAUUAUCAGGCAGAUGGACCCGCGGGACCCUUUCAGGAUCCAGAUGACGGACAUGCUGCUCGAUAAGCUGUAUAAUAUGGGUGUAAUUUCGAUAAAAGAGAGCUUGGUAAAAUGUGAGAAACUUUCAGCGAGCUCCUUCUGCAGACGAAGACUAGCAACAGUUAUGACGAGGAUCAAGAUGGCAGAGCACCUCAAAGAGGCCGUGACAUACAUUGAACAGGGCCAUGUGCGUGUUGGCCCUGAGGUCGUCACCGAUCCAGCCUUUCUUGUAACCAGGAACAUGGAGGACUUCAUCACCUGGGUGGAUUCCUCAAAGAUCAAGAAAAAAGUCAUGGAGUACAAUGAUGCAUUGGAUGAUUAUGAUGCCAUGGGUUGAGGGUACUGUUCAGAGAAUUUCUGUGUGGCCAGGAAUGUACGCUGAUGAUGUGUGAUAUUCUUUAGGUUAUCAUCUGAGAUGAUUGUUACAGAGGUACUAGCUUGUGCAUUUGGCUAUUUUGGGCUGCAGAUGUUGAUGCGAUUAUAUACUAAUAGUUAACUAACAAUGAUA